GUUGACGCUCUCUGUGCUCUACUGGUAACGCCUUUCUGGACGCACGUGGAGUUGUUUGAGGAAGAAAUGGCGUCGCCCACCGGAGAUGUAGAAGUCGUGACUAAAAAGCCAACGGUGCGAGGUCCGAGGAGGGUUGCCAAUCAGAUUCCUGAUGAGAUUCUCAAAGACCCAGAGCUUCAAGAGGCAAUUCGUGUCCUGCCUGCCAACUACAACUUUGAGAUACACAAAACGGUGUGGCGGGUAAAACAGGCAAAAGCCAAAAGAGUGGCCUUGCAGCUGCCUGAGGGGCUGCAGAUGUUUGCCUGUGUGAUUGCUGACAUCAUAGAGAAGUUUACAGGGGCAGACACACUGAUCAUGGGGGAUGUGACGUAUGGGGCCUGCUGCGUGGAUGACUUCACUGCCCGUGCCCUGGGAGCUGACUUCAUGGUGCACUAUGGACACAGCUGUCUGAUCCCUAUAGAUGCCACGGCUGGAAUAAAGAUGCUGUAUGUGUUUGUCGACAUCCAGAUGGACACGGCUCACUUCCUGGACACACUCCGCUUCAACUUUCCCCCAGGACACUCCCUCGCCCUCGUCAGCACCAUCCAGUUUGUGGCCGCUCUGCAGGUGGUGAGUGCAGAACUGAAGCCGGAUUAUGAGGUGUUGGUGCCACAGUGUCGGCCACUGUCUCCAGGGGAGAUCCUGGGCUGUACCUCGCCUCGCCUGGACAAACACGUUAAUGCCAUCAUAUAUCUGGGUGAUGGAAGGUUUCACUUGGAAUCAAUCAUGAUCGCCAACCCAGACAUUCCUGCUUACAGGUAUGAUCCAUACAGUAAGGUGUUCUCUCGGGAGUACUAUGACCAUGAGGCCAUGCGGGCCAGCAGGCUGCAGGCCAUAGAGAGGGCACAGUCAGCCCAGAGAUGGGGCCUCAUUCUAGGCACGUUAGGACGGCAGGGAAACCCCAAAAUCCUGGAGCAUUUGGAGAAUAAGCUGGAUGCUUUGGGCAGGUUGUUCACCAGGGUGCUGCUCUCUGAGAUUUUCCCUAGCAAGUUGGCUCUGAUGGCAGAUGUCGACGCGUGGGUACAGAUCGCAUGUCCUCGUCUGUCAAUAGAUUGGGGCACGGCGUUCUCCAAACCCCUGCUGUCUCCUUACGAGGCAGCAGUAGCCCUGCAGCAGAUAGGAUGGCAGGAGGUAUAUCCCAUGGAUUUCUACUCCAAUCAGAGCCUGGGGCCUUGGGCCCCCAAUCACCCAGACAACCAACCCAAACGGCCUGCACGCAAACAGCCGCAGAAGGCAGUCCCACACUGUGUCCAGCAGGGCGAGAGUGGUAACUGUGAGCAGAGCACCCCCUGCAGCUGCCAGACUGAAUAACACUUAGCAGCAGCAGCAGCAGCAGCAGCAACCAACCAUAGCGUGGCAUCUGCAGGAGACAGCCAAUCAUGAAGACUGCGCUUGGCUCUGUUGUCAGAGCACUGUGUAUAUCAGCCUUCCACCACUCUCUCUUCCCACAAAGCACUACAUCAAACCAGCCCCCAUAUCAGACUACAACAAGAGUAUGUUUCUCUGUGAGUGGGAUGUGUAUAUCUGUGUGCAUUUGUGUCUGUGUGUGUGUGUGUGUGUGUGUGUGUGUGUGUGUGUGUGUGCGCGUGCGCACAGAAGUGAGAGAGUGCGAUGGAGAGAGUUGACCCUGAGUGCACAUUGUUUGUUUCAGAUUGCAGCAUGUGGGCUGCUAGUUAAAUGCAAUCAUCUUGUCUCUGGGUGAAAAAGGAGCUGCCAAACACUUUGCAUUGUGUUGGCCUUCAUACAUUCUAUUGAAAGUAAAAAUUGCAGGAAGGAAUGAAAAUGUGCGCAGACAGAGAAAUAUAAUACACUUUUUUUUCAAGCUGCUUGUCUAUUAUGCCGUUAAUGCUUCUGUACCACAAAGAGCUCCAUAUGUGAAACUUGUAAGAGUUUGUACAUUUUAUAUGGUUUAAUACAAAAUAAAAGAUUAAAUGCAGCUAAAUUAAA